UAUUAGACUUGCUAAUGAGCUUGAGCAACUGUGUGUGCUGCUGCUGCUGCUGCCUGUCAUUUGGUGCAGGCACAGGUAUAAGGCAUGCAGCUUAGCAACCAGCCUUCUUCCACAUUCUGCUCUCAGGAAACGAGAGGAGGAGGGUCCAAAGGUGUCAUUUGACACUGACGGAAGAAUUUAUUUCCUAUGCAGAAGAGCUGAGACAGAAGACAAACCUAAAUGAGCUAACUUCCUAAGGAGGAACUGGAUGGAGAAGGUGAUGCUGGCAGCUGCCUUUGCCAACUCCAACUCCAGCAUCAUGAAUAUGUCCUUUGCUUACCUCCAUUUUGCUGGAGGGUACCUGCCCUCUGACUCCAAGGACUGGAGGACCAUCAUCCCAGCUCUCUUGGUGGCUGUCUGCCUGGUGGGCUUCGUGGGGAACCUGUGUGUGAUUGGCAUCCUCCUUCACAGUGCUUGGAAAGGAAAGCCAUCCAUGAUUCAUUCCCUGAUUCUGAACCUCAGCCUGGCUGAUCUUUCUCUCCUGCUGUUUUCGGCACCUGUUAGAGCUACAGCAUACUCCAAAGGUGUUUGGGAUCUAGGCUGGUUUGUCUGUAAGUCCUCUGACUGGUUCAUUCACAUGUGCAUGGCAGCCAAGAGCCUGACAAUUGUUGCAGUGGCCAAAGUAUGCUACAUGUAUGCAAGUGACCCAGCCAAACAAGUAAGUGUCCACAGCUGCACCAUCUGCUCAGUGCUGGUAGCCAUCUGGGCUGUGGCUAGCCUGCUACCCCUGCCAGAAUGGUUCUUCAGCAAUACCAGGCACCACGCAGGUGUGGAAAUGUGCCUCAUGGAUAUACCAGCUGUGGCCGAAGAGUUCAUGUCAAUGUUUGGUAAGCUCUACCCUCUCCUGGUAUUUUGCCUUCCAUUACUUCUGGCCAGCUUUUAUUUCUGGAGAGCUUACAGUCAAUGUAAAAACCGAGGAACUAAGACUCAAAAUUUUAGAAACCAGAUGCGUUCAAAGCAACUCACAGUGAUGCUGUUCAGCAUUGCUAUCACCUCUGCUCUUCUGUGGCUCCCUGAAUGGAUAGCAUGGCUAUGGGUAUGGCAUCUGAAGGCUGGAGGCUCAAGCCCACCACAGGGUUUCAUAGCCCUGUCUCAAGUCCUAAUGUUUUCCAUUUCUUCAGCAAAUCCUCUCAUUUUUCUAGUGAUGUUGGAAGAAUUCAGGGAAGGUUUGAAAGGCUUAUGGAAAUGGAUGGUAACCCAAAACCCCCCCAGAGCCUCUGAGACUCAGGAAACACCAGUUGGUAACUUGGAGGUUCUUCCUGACAAGAUUCCAUCCCCAGACACCUCAGCAUCCAUCCCAAAGAAAGAGAAACCUGACUCUCCCAACUCCAGUAAAGAGAAAAUGGAGAAGGCAGAGAUUCCAGUCCUCCCGGAUGUAGAGCAGUUUUGGCAUGAGAGGGACACUGUCCCUUCUGUACAAGACAACGAUCCUAUCCCCUGGGAACAUGAAGAUCAAGAGACAGAGGGUUGUGAUAAAUAAAGUUCCAAAGAAAAAUGAAUUAUGGUUAAUGUAUUUACUUGUACUGCUGCUUAUUAAUACUGCUGACUUUACCAUACAAAAUUAUUAGCCAUUAAGAAUUACAAAAAUGCUUCUGCAUUUUCAAAAUGUGCAAUCUGGUAAGUAAAACACUAUGUAAUAUUUAUGCUUCAGAAUUAUAACCUGGAAGUCCAAAAAAUUCAUGUAAAGUGUUUAGUAUAAAGAAGCUGCUGCCAAAGUGAUGAGAUAGUUAAGCUAUCUAGUCACUUGUUCACAGUGAAUGUUUCUAUUAUGUGCACCUUAGAACCAGCUCUGUACUGUGCUGGCUGAAAUUGAGCUUCUGUCUAUUAAAGGUUGAGCCUGUAUAUAUAUUCAUAUUCAGUUUCUUCCUAAACCUGCUGGCCCUAAUGUCAUCAAUUUUUAUUUCACAUAACCAAAGCUCAAGAUCCACUUCCACUUAAGAGCUUUCUCUAACACAAUGAGUAAAUUUUACUUAAUGAGCUACUUGUUUGAUGUUAGUUUACUUAAUGAAAAUCCAUGUUAAUUUUCCCAAUCAAAGUUAACAAAUAAGGAAAUAACCUUAUUCCAAUUCUGGGUUAAUUUCAAACCAUAGCUAUUUUUGGCAAAGUUUAAGUAAGUUUAAAUUUUUCUAGAUACUACAAAGUCUUCUUCAAUGAUCUUUUUAAAGCCACUUAAAUAGGUCUUUAGCUAUAAAGUCUGAGAAUUUUAGGAUAGGAGCCUAACAUGACAUCCUAUAUUGUGAUAUGGUAAAAAUAUAUUUUUUAAAAAACCACCCUUCCUUCUCUUCCAAAAUGCUUGAAAGUUAUUUUUCUUAAAACAGAAAUCUGUUCCUCCCAGUAUCUCCUUAUCCCAUGAUAAACUAUAAGAUACAGUGACAUAGCUAUUAACCAUUAAUUAAAGGCAAGCCUCAAAUAUAAAGGAUGGAGGUAGUAAACUUUCUUGUUAAAAGGUAUUAAUUUUACCCCUAAACACUUAUCUGGAAACCUACUCAACUUUUAAAAUAUUGUAGGGCUUCUAAGUUUUAAAAUAAUCAAGUAAUAAGUGUGAAAAAAGUAUGAAAAGACAAAUUGGUUGAUAAUAGAAAAUAAAAAUCACAAGUAUAAUGAAUAAUGAAAAGCAAUAAAAAUCAAAUCUGUAUUCCUAGACAUAACAGCAAAAAUUUAAAUAGGCAGUAACUGUUCAUUUUAUAGUAAAACAUCAUAUUCAGUAAAACAUAAUAAUUAUGACAUCCUUCUCCUUUUAAAUACAAAAAGGACAUUUAUCUAUCAUUACUUUCAUAUGGAAUUCUUUGGUAUUUUUACUGAGGGGGGAAAAUAAAUUGAGCAAUGGAAAAUCAGAAAUAUCAAGAAUAUGCUGUGCAAUAAAUAAAACACAGAUACUGUGUCCAUCUACAACAAAAAAUACUUUAAAAAAGAAUAUGCUAUGCAAAGAAAUACUGUUGUUUUUUAAUGUUCAUUUUUUUCCCCCUAAUAAAUGAUCAUAGUUUGCUUUCUAACACAAAAGGUAGAACUGUUUUUAUUUGCUUCAAUCCAAAUUUUAUUUGAAAGUUUCGUGUUAAAGUAUAAUUUAACCCAAGAACCCAAAAUAUUGUUUUGUGAUACUAAGUUAUACAAAAAAGUCACCAUUAAAAUUGUUUGUGAUGAACCAUUUGAAUAAAGGUUUUUAUGUUCACUAUAUAUUUAGAAAAUAUAGGAUGUAAACUUUCAGUGUUUGACAUUUUAACUUGUAAAGAAAUAAAAACAAUUAUGUUUGACUUCAGA